AUUUGGCAUCUUUUCUCCCUCAAGUUUCUGGUGUCACUUAUGAAACACGGGUCCUUGUUGCUGCAGAGAAGCGGUUGUUUUUCUGGACGGAGGGAACGCGGGCCUGGGCUCCUUCUCCAAACUCUAGCCUCCUCUCAGCAGAAGUCCUAGGCACCCUAAGCGACUCAGCUACCAAGAAAGAGUACUUUGAAGGAGCAAGGAUGCAGGAGCUUUAUCUGCUGUGCUGGGUGGUCCUCCUGGGCCUGGUGCGGGCCUGUCCCGAGCCCUGUGACUGUGGGGAGAAGUAUGGUUUCCAAAUUGCUGACUGUGCCUACCGAGACCUGGAGGCUGUGCCACCCGGCUUCCCGGCCAAUGUAACCACGCUGAGCCUGUCAGCCAACCGGCUGCCAGGCUUGCCACAGGGCGCCUUCAGGGAGGUGAUCCUGCUGCAGUCGCUGUGGCUGGCACACAAUGAGAUCCGCACGGUGGCCGCUGGCGCCCUGGCCCCUCUGGGCAACCUCAAGAGCCUGGACCUCAGCCACAACCUCAUCUCCGACUUUGCCUGGAGUGACCUGCACAACCUCAGUGCCCUCCAGCUGCUCAAGAUGGACAGCAACGAGCUGACCUUCAUUCCCCGCGACGCUUUCCGCAGCCUCCGUGCCCUGCGUUCACUGCAGCUCAACCACAACCGCUUGCACUCGCUGGCCGAGGGCACCUUCGCGCCGCUCACGGCGCUGUCUCACCUGCAGAUCAACGAUAACCCUUUCGACUGUACGUGCAGCAUCAUGUGGUUCAAGACGUGGGCCCUGACCACGGCCGUGUCCAUCCCGGAGCAGGGCAACAUCACUUGCACUUCCCCCCACGUGCUCAAGGGCACCCCACUGAACCGCCUGCUGCCUCUGCCUUGCUCCGCGCCCUCCGUGCAGCUCACCUAUCAGCCCAGCCAGGACGGCGCCGAGCUGAGGCCGGGCUUUGUGCUGGCGCUCCACUGUGACGUGGAUGGGCAGCCGGCCCCCCAGCUCCACUGGCAUAUCCAGACGCCCGGUGGCACCGUGGAGAUCACCAGCCCCAAUGUGGGUACCGAUGGGCGCGCCCUGCCCGGUGCCCUGGCCGCUGGCAGCCGGCCGCGCUUCCAGGCCUUUGCCAACGGCAGCCUGCUCAUCCCCGACUUUGGCAAGCCGGAGGAAGGCACCUACAGCUGCCUGGCCAGCAACGAGCUGGGCAGCGCGGAGAGCUCGGUGAACGUGGCCCUGGCCACGCCGGGUGAGGGUGGUGAGGAUGCCCUGGGGCACAGAUUCCACGGCAAAGCGGCCGAGGGCAAGGGCUGCUACACAGUUGACAAUGAGGUGCAGCCUUCGGGGCCUGAGGACAACGUGGUGAUCAUCUACCUCAGCAGGGCAGGGAGUCCUGAGGCUGCAGUAGCAGGAGAAGGGGUUCCCGGGCAGCGGCCCCGCCGCCUGCUCUUGCUGGGCCAGAGCCUCCUCCUUCUCCUUUUGCUCCCUUCCUUCUAAACUCGCCCCAACCUGGGCUGGGCUGGCGGCUCCAGAGCCUCCCCGGCUCCUCCCGGCCUCUGCUGCUGUAAGUACUGCAGAGCUCGCGGGGGCGGGGAGGGCCUCCACAUCUUCCUACCUCCCCCCCUCAUCUCUUCUGGAACACUCACCACCCCUAACUUCUAGACUUGCUCCAAGCUAGUGACUAGGACAGAUCUGAUCCCCAGAUUUCCCACCUAAAGUGCUCACUGCUGCUAACCACGCUGCCCACGCUCCCUCGCUGGGCGGCACACUGCCGGGGCAGGGCAUGUCCUAGACAACUGGUGGCGCCUCACUGGUGGGAAUCCGGGUCCUGGGACUGAUCAGGGGGUGAGGGCUGGGGGCAGGGUGCGGGCUGGGCAGGGAGGUAGGGCGCAGGCGCAGGCGCAGGAGAGAUGGGUCGGAUACAGGCUGUGGCUGCAGGGCCCGAAGCUCUCUGAGCUCCGGCCCCCCUAGUUGCUCUCUGCUGACUGGGGGCUCAGGAGUCUCUUUGUCUGAAUCUCAGACAGGAUCUGGGAUGGGCCUUCAUCUCCCCUCACCCUUACCCUCGGCCUGCGCUCCUCCACCCUGCACGCCAGCCCCUCCUUGCUCUCCAAGCAUCCAUCUGUAGCCUGCUGCUCCCAAGAGGCCAGUCAGCCUGGGGCCAGCAGAGAAAUAAACAGCAUUUCUGAUGCUCUCCCAUGUCUGCCUGGAGUUUUGUGUGUAUC